AUGGCGGACAUCCCGGUUCUCGGCGUCUUCAUUAAGCCAAGAGUGCAGCUGCGACUUCUCGCUCUGGCCCUUUUGCUUCUGCCGGAUUCCGAGGUGGUCCGAGCGGCGCGCAGCUUCAAGCACGGUCAGCCAGGCCCUCUUGGAACGAAGAGCUCGAAGAGUGGCGGCCUUUUCCCUCCCGUCUUCAACGUCGCUGCCAAAGCGGAAAUUACGUCGAAUGCUACCUGCGGCCAAGACGGGCCGGAAACAUUCUGCAAACCCUCGGAGUCCUCUAGAUGUGCCGUAUGCGACACCAGGAGUCCUGAUCCUGGGAAAAGACACGGCAUCGUCAACGUCCUCGACUCUGGCCCAGGAAGAUGGUGGCAAAGUCCGACCCUGGCCAAAGGAGAUCGAUACGAAUACGUCACGAUAAUCCUCGACCUGAAACAGGUCUAUCAGAUUGCCUACGUGAUAGUGAAGGCGGCGAAUUCGCCCAGACCGGCAGCCUGGAUUUUGGAGAGGUCCAUCGAUGGGGAAAUCUUUCUACCAUGGCAGUAUUAUGCACCAAGUGACGAAGAGUGCUGGGGUCGGUACUCGGUGCCACCAGUUGCAGGGAAGCCGGUGUACUUGGAUGACACCGAAGUCAUCUGUACGAGUUUUUAUUCCAAGCCGACCCCCAUGGAGAACGGGGAAAUACACACUCACCUGGUGAACGGUCGUCCUGGGGCGUCUAAUCACAGCACGAGGCUUCAGGAAUUCACGCAAGCGAGAUUCGUCAGACUUCGUUUCCAGGGUCUGAGAAGACGCGGUGAGACGAUUGCAGACAAGAGAAGAGCCUUCUAUUCGAUAAAGGAGAUCAACAUCGGAGGACAUUGUCUCUGUUCUGGCCAUGCAUCCAGGUGUAGAUACAGCGUUCACCAUGGGCACCAAGAAUGCGAAUGCGAGCGUCACACGUGCGGUGAGAAUUGUGAUAAGUGCUGCCCCAUGUACAAUCAAGUCCCAUGGAGGCCAGGAACAGCUGGCAGAGGUUUCCACUGCGAAAGGUGCAAUUGCAACGGGCAUGCAACUUCCUGUCGGUACGAUCCGGACGUGGCUGAGAAGAGAUUGUCAAUGGACAUUCGUGGAAGGUACAGAGGCGGCGGUGUAUGCUUAAACUGCACUGAGCAUACCGCCGGCAUCAAUUGCGACAAGUGUCAAGAUGGGUAUUACAGACCUAAUGGAGUGUCGCCACAUGCACCGGACCCCUGCGUCCCAUGCAACUGCAACUCGCAUGGCAGUACCGGUUACUGCACCCCGGACGACUCUUUCACGAAAAUGGGAAAGGUAGCAGGUGCCUGCGAGUGCAAGCCUGGCUACUCGGGCUACAAAUGCGACCAAUGUGCAGCGGGGUAUCGCCAGUUCCCGGAUUGCAUGCCCUGUCCCUGCGAUUCCCGAGGGAUCCUUCCCUCUCACGACUGCGAGGGGGAUUGUCUCUGCAAGGCGAACGUCGCCGGGGAAUUUUGCGACCGCUGCAAGCCGGGACAUUUUGCAUUAACUCGCGACAAUCUGGACGGUUGUCUUCCCUGCAUCUGUUCCGGUAUCACCGGUGCAUGUGCAUCGGCGAGACUCGUCUACGCGGCGGUGUCCACCCUCGACGAUUGGAUGAUAACUGAUAUGAACGCCACUCGCGCCAUUAUCCCGACUUUGGAUGCCGAUGACGGUGGAUUGACGAUCGCUGCUUACGAGCUGGACUAUUCUAGUCCUUUUUGGUUGGCUCCUCCAGUUUAUGGGGGAAAUCGACUGUCCUCUUAUGGGAGCAAUCUCACAUUCAGCGUAACAUGGGUCGUAAUGCGUGGGGACACAAGUGGAAAGCCAACAACAGAGGCGAACGUUGUCCUCGUGGGAAACAAUGGUAUGAGGCUCGCGUACGGAGAGGAACAAUACAACGCGCAAAUGGCGGAAAUCUCUGUGCCAUUGUUCGAGGAAGGAUGGUAUCACGUGAAAAGCGAGGUCGAGGAUGUUCCAACGAGACUUAGGAGGACGGAAUUUAGGGGAGAUCCGGUAACGAGGCUGCAAAUGCUGCAAGUACUUGCGGACGUGAAGUACCUCAUGAUAAGGGCGCAGUACCACUCGGAGCAGAUCGAGGGAAGACUUUUAUCGGCAGUUUUGCCAGUCGGGGAGAAAAGCGAGGCGCAGGAUAACGAGAGUAUGGUGGAGAAAUGCGAGUGUCCUGAAGGAUAUGCAGGACUUUCCUGUGAAAAGUGUUCCUGGGGAUAUGUUAAGAUCGUCACCAACGGGUCUGAUCACCAGGAUCGACAUUUGUGCAUGAGAUGCAAUUGCAACGGGCAUUCCGGCACUUGCGAUCUAGCCACAGGCGAAUGCGGCAGCUGCGAGCACAACACAACAGGGCCGAAUUGCGAUCGCUGUGCACCUGGUUAUUACGGCGAUGCAAUUGUCGGUGCACCUAAUGACUGCAAGAGAUGCGCCUGUCCAUUGACACUAGAGUCUAAUAACUUCAGUCCUAGAUGUCAACUGGACGAUUUGUCGAAUCUCGAAGGAGGGUACGUCUGUACACAGUGUCCUAAAGGAUACACAGGAGACCACUGCGAAAGCUGCGAUGUCGGAUAUUUCGGCAGCCCUUCGAUUCCUGGAGGUACUUGCAAGGAGUGUCCUUGCAAUGGAGGUCCUUGCGAGCAGGACACAGGACGUUGUUUGGAGUGUCGAGGUAAUACGGAAGGCUGGAAGUGCGACAAGUGCAAAGAAGCGCAUUACGGGGACCCGUUGCAGCAGAACUGCAUGCCUUGCAACUGCAGCAAGAUCGGCAGCAAGUCGAUUAUCUGCGACCCGGUGACCGGCCAGUGUCAGUGCGGAUUACUUUUUACCGGAAGAGAUUGUUCUUCUUGUAUCGAGGGUUAUGGCAAUGUCACCGCUGGUUGUCUCGAGUGCGAAUGUGGAAUCGGCGCCAUUGAAGAGGUCUGCGAUGCAGUUUCCGGGGAGUGCAAGUGCAACGACGGCGUUUCCGGGUUUCGGUGCGACAGGUGCAACGAGGACCACUAUGGACUGUCUCAGGAUGGCUGCUUGGGUGAGCCAAUGAAUUUUGUCAAUGGACUUUUGCAUGCCACGUUAUGA